AUGUCGUUACAACAGCCUUGUGAUACACUCCGAGUAUUACACUUACCUCCGUACUUAAGCGAUGAGAAGAGAAAUGAGUUGUUUAAAAAAUUUGGUGCUGAAUGUACAAAAACAAUUAGAAAAUCAGAUACAUAUACAACGACGUUUGUUAAAUUUCCAUCGACCGAAUUAGCUACAAAGGCAUUUUUACAAUUACAUCAGUUGGAAAUAAAAGGACAGUAUUUGUCUGUUGAAUUUGCAAAAAAAUCAUUCGUCCGUGACACAGAUGAUAAUGUAUUGUUUAAAUCAGAGCCAUUGAAUGUAAAUGAGAAAGAUGAUAAUGCAAAUACUAAAAAUUUUCAAGCCUUCAUUGAUAAAUUAAAUACUUGGACAUCUAAUUAUAAUUUUUCUCAACCACCACCACCAAAUAUUUCUUAUAAAUAUCCAUUACCUACGAGAAAUAUUUUGUUAAGAAUUUCAAUCCAGCUUCUGAGAGAACCUGCUUUUUAUACCCAGGUGUUACAUUUAAUGAAUAAGAUGAAUUUACCUCCACCUUUCGAAGAACUUGAAGCUGAAUUUCCAAGCUUGAAAGAAGUAUAUAAUAUGGAAAAAUAUAAAGAUAUCUUUGGUAAUAUCAAUGCCGAGAAUGAUGAUUCUUUAUUGACUGAUAAUUAUUAUAUGAUGGAAAAUGAUGAUGAUGAAGACGAUGAAAUGGAAGUUAAGGGUGAUGGCAAUAAUGAUGAAGACGAAGAAGAAUCAGAAAUGGAAUCGGAUAACGAAGAAACGAAUAAACUGCAAGAAUUUAUUCCUGUUAAAAGAAAAUUACCUGAAGGAAAAAGAAAAAUAAAGAUUCCGAAAUUUGUUAAUCCUACUGUACAUCCGAAGCCUAUUACUACAAAACAAAAAAUUAUCCGGCCAGAAGAUGUAUUUGAGCGUAUUCCAAUAGAAGAAAUAAAAAAGAAGACUGUUAUAAAGACCGAUAGUUUACUAAUUGAUAAAAUUGUAAAUACUGAUACAAACGAUCAAUCUCAUGAACCAUCAGAAAGUGGUUUUGGUAUAAUAAAUCCUGUAAUAAAAACUGAUGAUGGAAAUGAUGAAAAGACAAAAGAGGGUGAAAAAUCUAAAGAAUUCAUAACUUCUGAAGAGUUAGCCAGCAAUCGAAUAUCGGCAAAUGAUCAAAGAUUGUUUUCAGAGUUUAAAAAUUAUCAUCCGGGUAAACCAUCGUGCCGAUUAUACAUUAAGAAUUUGGCGAAAGAAGUAAAUGAAGAUGAUUUGCAUUAUAUUUAUCGAAAAUACAUUAUACCGAAUUUAGAAAAUUCAGAAUUGGAGUACAAUAUUAAUUUAAUGCGUGGUGGCCGCAUGAAAGGUCAAGCUUUUGUUACAUUUCAAAAUAUUGAGCAAGCUCAACUUGCACUUAAUGAAACUAACGGUUAUAAACUUAAAAGUAAAUAUAUGGUAGUACAGUUCUCAAAUGCAACCAACAAAAAGUAA